AUGUCAUCAUCAUCAUCAUCAUCAUCAUCAUCAUCAUCAUCAUCAUCAUCAUCAUCAUCAUCAUCAUCAUCAUCAUCAUCAUCAUCAUCAUCAUCAUCAUCAUCAUCAUCAUCAUCAUCAUCAUCAUCAUCAUCAUCAUCAUCAUCAUCAUCAUCAUCAUCAUCAUCAUCAUCAUCAUCAUCAUCAUCAUCAUCAUCAUCAUCAUCAUCAUCAUCAUCAUCAUCAUCAUCAUCAUCAUCAUCAUCAUCAUCAUCAUCAUCAUCAUCAUCAUCAUCAUCAUCAUCAUCAUCAUCAUCAUCAUCAUCAUCAUCAUCAUCAUCAUCAUCAUCAUCAUCAUCAUCAUCAUCAUCAUCAUCAUCAUCAUCAUCAUCAUCAUCAUCAUCAUCAUCAUCAUCAUCAUCAUCAUCAUCAUCAUCAUCAUCAUCAUCAUCAUCAUCAUCAUCAUCAUCAUCAUCAUCAUCAUCAUCAUCAUCAUCAUCAUCAUCAUCAUCAUCAUCAUCAUCAUCAUCAUCAUCAUCAUCAUCAUCAUCAUCAUCAUCAUCAUCAUCAUCAUCAUCAUCAUCAUCAUCAUCAUCAUCAUCAUCAUCAUCAUCAUCAUCAUCAUCAUCAUCAUCAUCAUCAUCAUCAUCAUCAUCAUCAUCAUCAUCAUCAUCAUCAUCAUCAUCAUCAUCAUCAUCAUCAUCAUCAUCAUCAUCAUCAUCAUCAUCAUCAUCAUCAUCAUCAUCAUCAUCAUCAUCAUCAUCAUCAUCAUCAUCAUCAUCAUCAUCAUCAUCAUCAUCAUCAUCAUCAUCAUCAUCAUCAUCAUCAUCAUCAUCAUCAUCAUCAUCAUCAUCAUCAUCAUCAUCAUCAUCAUCAUCAUCAUCAUCAUCAUCAUCAUCAUCAUCAUCAUCAUCAUUAAAAUACUGUUAG